AUGGUCUCCACGCGACAUCACCCCCGCGAAUUCCCCUCGCCCGAAAAGGCCGCAAAGGAGGUGACCAAGUCGUCGCCUGCCCCGACAACAAAUGGUAAUGCGCGCAAAUGGGUCCAUACCCCGUCCGCCGCCCUGACUAUCUGGCUGGUCAUUUCACUGCCGCUGGUCGCGUGGGAUGCGGGCUACGUGCUGUUGCGACCGCAUAGCAUGCCUGGCGGUCGUCUGCACUCACCUAUCUGGACCCCGUACGCGCUCUACGGCACCGUCGACUACAUCUACGGCUGGCCCGCGUACAAUGCGCGCAAUGGCUUCACCGCUGCGCAGACAGUCAUGAACAUCGUCGAGACCCUCGGCUACCUCUACUACCUGUACAUUGUCUUCCGACAUGGCGCGACUGUCACCAGCGGUCGCGGCGCGCAGAAGCGGCUCAAGAAGGGUUUCGUCUGGAUGCUGGCGGGCGAGAAGGUGGUUGCGGGCAAGACGGGCGCGACUGCUCUGCUCGUCGCAUACACCGCUUGUGUCAUGACUCUCAGCAAGACUCUCUUGUACUGGCUGAACGAGUUUUUCUCUGGCUUCGACAACAUCGGUCACAAUGAUGCUGCCACGCUGAUCUUCUUGUGGAUCAUUCCCAAUGGUCUGUGGAUCGUCUUCCCGGCCUACAGCAUCUACACACUCGGCGCGGAGAUUUUGGACUCCCUCGACCAGGCGACCGCGCGCGGCAAGCCUGGACGCCCCAAGUCGUCAUAG